UUGGAUGGGGUCGUAUAUAUCUCUCUUGACGCUGGCCCGUUUGCCACUGUGUGCCGCUGUUUCAUUAUGAUUGGAGCUUUUUUCCCGAGCUCCUUCAGCGCUCUUUGACUUCGUCGACGUGCCUUUAUUUCCGGAUAAUAUUUUAGGCCAGUGUGCAAUAAUGGCUGCAAUGUUUACGUGUUGUCUGGGUUGCUGCGGAGAUGGAGGAACGGGGCAUAUUCCCCUCAAAGAAAUGCCCACCGUCCAGUUAGACACGCAUCACAUGGGCACUGAUGUGGUCAUCGUCAAAAGUGGCCGGAGGAUAUGUGGCACCGGUGGUUGCCUAGCCAACGCACCCCUGCACCAGAACAAGAGUUACUUUGAGUUCAAGAUCCAGUCCACAGGUGUUUGGGGUGUGGGUGUGGCCACGCAGAAGGUGAACCUGAGUCAGGUGCCCAUGGGGCGGGACAUCAACAGCCUCGUCCUGAGACAUGACGGCUCGAUUUACCACAACAACGAGGAGAAGAACCGCCUGCCUGCCAACAGCCUUCCCCAAGAGGGGGAUAUUGUGGGCAUCACAUAUGACCAUGUGGAGCUGAAUCUUUAUCUGAAUGGGAAGAAUAUGCACUGUCCAGCCUCAGGGAUACGAGGAACAGUGUAUCCUGUGGUUUAUGUGGAUGACAGCGCCAUCCUUGACUGCCAGUUCAGUGACUUCUACCACACAGCACCACAAGGCUUUGAGAAGAUUCUUUUUGAGCAGCAGAUCUUCUGAGCAGCACCUUUUGUAUCCCUCCAGGGCUACACACACCUAUAUAAACCCCACCCCAUCUGUUCUCCUUGCCCCUCAGACAUCUGGCACCUAUUUUGUCUGGUUUGUGAGACUGUGCUGUGUCCUAGUUACACUCUGCUUUAAAGUUGUUCAGGGUCCAGUUUGGUAGUUCUGCACUUAGUUAAUGUCAACCCUGGAAGAGUAAGAACUGAUCCCGGUCAGUGAGUAAGGGCAUAGUGUAACCAAAGUGUGUGUGUGUGUGUGAGUGACAUGUUUGCAGCUGAAAGACAAGUCAGAGAACAUCGCUUUGCUUAAGUUACAACCAUCCUGUAUUGACACAAUCGGUUAUUGUUGCUGCGUCUUUCAGAGUUAAAGGUUAAACGAUGUUUAGGUGUUUUCUUUAAGUCUGACUGCACUGUGGUACAAUGAGGGUUCACAGGAUCAGAAGCCAUGUCAAGUGAAUGUUCUAGUAUGGCUGCCUAAAUGUGUGUGGUUUAAUAAUGGAAGGUAAUCCGUCAAUGAUCAUUCUCUGCCUUAUUGAUAAGUAGGCAUUCACACCCAAAUAUAUUUCUAUUUAUUUGUUUGUACCUGACACUAAUGCUCAAUGUUUUCUGUUGUGUACCUCAUCAUUAACAUCUAACUCUUGAUUUUGUAUUAUAGAUUUGUUGUAUUUUCAUCUGUCAUUAACAGUAAUUUGUUACAGCUCUAAAGGUUUCUUAAUGUCAGCCAGUUGGUGAUACUGUGCUCGUUGGAUGUGUUAGUAGAUGGUGACAUUUUCUGACACUGUAUUUCAAAGAUCUGAUAGAUGCAUAUCCUCAUUUUGAAGCCUUGUGAAACUGUCUAAAUGUUAAACGCUUGUUUAUGUUUGCACUAAUGAGAUACUGUAUGUUGAAUAUUAUUAAACCAAAUCGGAAUACUUAAUGUUGAAUACAAUAAAGAAAAUGUGUCUCUGGAAGCAUUUGAAUUUUU